GGUGGAAGUGAAGCUGUCACGCUUGUGUUGUGUUUUGUUUGGUGUUAUUGUUUCGGGUUAGUGGAGCAACUGAGUCCAGGAGGAAAGCGCGUCGGAAUCGCUCAUGUUUUGUUGUUUCCUGACGCAUUGUGAGCACCGUAACCGAUAGAGACAGCUCGUUUAGACCGUUUACAGAGCAGUAAGGGAUAUAAAAAGGUGAAAAAUAGCCCACCUUUCUUUAGUGUUGCCAUGGAAAAGGCUUGGCGGGUGGAGUUCAGAAACAUGGGCAGCAGUUACUUCCCUCAGAGCAGAGUCGAUUGCCACUACACACUUAGCUCACAGCACAGCUGGGCCAGCAAUGACUGGAUAGGGCUCUUCAAGGUUGGAUGGUCGUCAGUGAAGGACUACCACACAUUUGUCUGGGCACUGGCGCCGGCUGACUAUCAAGAGGGCACAGAUGUCAACUGUUGCGUGCACUUCCAGGCCUCCUACCUACCCAAGUCCAGCUCCCAAAAUUAUGAGUUUGUAUAUAUUGAUGCAAAGGGAGACGUGUUCUCCCGCAGCUCCAAAUUCACUUUCUGCGCUCCGAAGCCACUUGAGGAUUUGGUGACCCUUGAGGAGGAGCCCCAUGGAGAGGAAGGAGCCACAGACAUGUUGCUGGUAGUGCCUCGAGCUGAACUGCUGCAGGGUCGACUGCAGGAAUGUCUGCGAGAACGCGCUGAGCUGCUGCAGGCGCAGGAGGCGGCAAACAGGCAGAGGGAGAAAGAUCAGGAGCAGGACAAGAGAGCGAGGGAGGCCUGGGACAGAAGACGCAGAGGGCUAGAAAGUGAUAUGGCCAGGCUGCAGGAAGAGCUGAAGCAGAGUCGAGAGAAGAUCGAGGAGAUGGAGAUGGAGCUGAAGGAGGAGCGGGCUUUUGGAGAAUCACUAGCCCAGGAGAAAAUUGCUUUAUUGGAUACUGGCGAGGCGAGCACAUUGCGAAUCAAAGAGCUGGCGGAGGAUAUCAAAACCCUGACCCAGAGAACAGUGGAAAGAGAGACUGAGUUGGAAAGGAUGAAAGAAAGAGCAAGGAGGGCAGGAACUCAGAGAAAAGAAGAGGAGAGUGACAGAAAGAGCCUGCAGACAAAGCUGGAACAGACAGAAGGUGAACUCCGAAGUCUGUCUAAGGAGUUCCAGUUCUUGAGGAAUUCACUGGCCCAGAGAGACACAAGUGUCCUGCAGCUCCAAAACAGCAUCACCACCCUCACCCAGAAACUCACCACUGCCCACAGGAAAGAGGCGGAGAACGAGGCCACACUGAAGGAGAUGCGGAGCCUGCGGGAGCGUCUGAACCUGAACGAGCGUGCUGCAGAUGGCUUGAAGAGUGAUCUAAGUGCCAUGGUGGCCCAGAGGGAUCACGGUCAGACAGACUUGCAUCAGGCUCGCCUGCAGGCUGCCCAACUCACCCUCCAGCUUGCAGAUUCCAGUCUGGCCAUGAGAGAGGGACGAGCCCGAUGGGCCCAAGAGAGACAGAAUCUGCAGCGCACUGCUGAGAAGGACCACGAGCGUCUUGAGAAACUCAACACAGAGAUGCAGAGGAUGGAAGAGAGGCUGCAGGAGGAGAGAAUGGAGAGAGUGAAGCUGGAGGUUGAGCUUGGGAGAGAAAAGGAUUGCAACCGGGUUCAGUUGAGUGAAACCCGCAGAGAGCUCCAGGAGCUGAAGUCCAGCCUAAGGGUUGCCCAAAAAGAGAAGGAGCAGUUACUUGCAGAGAAACAGGAGUUGUACAUCUAUCAGCUGGAGCAGAAGAUAGGAACAGUGGUCAGUGCCAAGUGGAGCGCUGCCCUGAUUGCCUCUACAGAUCGGCCUGGCAGUGUGUUAUCUGACUCUGAGGACGAGAACCCAGAGGCUUUGCAGCCCCUCCGUCCACCAAGACCUCUGGGACACUACAGCCUGUGUGAGCAAGGCCAGCCAGGUUCCUUGCUCCUCGCCACCCUGCCUCCCUCCCCCAGGGAGGUAGAGAGGAGCACAGUAGUCAUUAACCAGCCAGCCCCGCUCUCCUCGCCGCACCAGACCGAUGCUGACACUUUGACGCACAGCUCUGAUUCGGAGGAGGAAUCUGAUACACUUAAGUGUGGAGGGCACAGCUCUGGAGAGGAAACAGUACUUUUGCUGCCUGAACACAUGGACACUGUUCACAGUGAUCUGGCCGACACCUCGCUAUGGUAACCAGCGGACAUCCAGCCAUGGCAAGCGAUCAAAAAGAGGAGAAGGGGUACUUUCUUGGUGUUGAUGUGGUUACCCAUUACUUCCACUAACAAGCACAUAUACAGCUCACUAUACGCAGACAAAAUGGUAAUAUGCAAUUUACAUCAUAUCUGCCGUCGUUUUCCCCUCUAACUGUUGUGUUAUUAUUGCUCUAGCUGUUUUGUUGUUAGGAAUGACAUAAUGCUUGUGGUGGUAGGUCGACACUGUUUAUUACUGACAUAAGACUUUUGCAGUUUGAAACAGCGUUCUUUUGGACAUUGGGCUCUGGUGUUUGAGAGUUUGCAGGCUGUAGCAUAAUUAUUUCUGUUGAAUCAUUGCAAUGCCGAGAGCUUAACGAUGGACGUUAUGUCGUUUUUAUGACAUUUGUGAUUAGGAUUCAUGACAGGCAUUGUAAUUAUGAUGUUUUGUGCAGGCCCAGCUCCACUGGAAAUCAUGGCAAAACUCUCUUCCAGCAUUAAAUUCUCCACAGCAACUUUGAACGCUAUUCACGGCAGCAUAAAGUAAUAAUGAUAGAGCAUCAUGCUUGAAUUAUAUUGCAGUAAUGUAGGUCUAUGACGUCAUAUUUCUGCUCCAUUUACUCACAAGUAAGAUUUGAUAUGCACUUUCUUGUCAGCAAGAGCAGUUGAUUGUUGUCUUGCGGAUGCAGUUAAAAUGAUUUAGUGAUGCAGAGACGCUCUAAGACGGACAUGCGUUUGAAAUAGAAAGUGUAUUGAACAGAUUGUGUUUAAAGUCUAUUAAAUAGAUGCCAGAUGCAACUUUCUACUUCAGUACCUUCAUAUAAUCAUUAUUAUAAAAUGAAUGCUCAUAUGCUUUAAACUAUAGAUCAGCUGCGGUUUUUACUUUUUAAUGAUCCUCGAUUUACUAGCUGGCCAUUUGGAUAUUGAGUGUUUGUUAAAGUUUGUAUUGUACAGAAAUCUCACCUUCACACAGUUAUACAUUUUUGCCUAAAAUAAUUAAAAAAGAGUUAAAGAAAAUCAUCUUUAUAGAUCCUCACACAACGACAUGGUGUAGGGGUUUUCCCCAAGUCCUAUGGCAAUAUACUGCCUAAUAAAAAUUGCAGCCUACCUUUUAA